AACACAGUCACUUUUUUUAAUCAAAAUUAAACUAUAUUUACACCCACCAAAUUAUACUCUUAUCUCCCAAACUUCAUCUCCAUUUCUCUCUUCUCUCUUCUCCAACAAACAAUCAUCAAACAUGGAGAUAUUGUCACAAAUCUGGUCCUUCUUAGGCCUACUAACAGUUGUUCAAAACGUUUUGCCAACUCAGCUUCUAUCCUUAUUUCAUUCUUUCUACGAAUCUAUUCAAGAUUUCUUCAGCCCUUAUUCCUACUUCGAAAUCCCUGAAUUUAACGGUUAUUGUGGCGUUGACGUUAACGAUCUUUAUCGACACGUAAAUCUUUACUUGAACUCCAUUAAUUCCUCUUCCACUUGCCGUCGUCUUACUCUCUCUCGCUCUAAAUCUUCCAACCGCAUUUCCUACACCGUUGCGCCUAAUCAGAUGGUGCACGACGCUUUCCGCGGACACCACCUUACUUGGACGCAUCAAGUCGAUAACGUUCAGGAUUCUGUUGAGGAGAAGCGUAGCUUCACCCUCAAACUCCCUAAACGUCAUCGACUUGAGCUCCUCCCUCCUUACCUCGAGCAGCUAACUGCUCGAGCUGAGGAGUUCGAGAGAGUCUCUCGUGAGAGGAGGCUUUUUACGAAUAACGGUCAUGGUUCGUAUGAAUCUGGCUGGUCUUCUGUUCCCUUUCGUCACCCUUCCACGUUCGAGACACUCGCUCUCGAACCGGACCUGAAAACACAACUCAUGGAUGACCUAACUGCAUUUUCACAAGGGAAAGAGUUUUAUCAUAAUAUCGGACGUGCAUGGAAGCGUGGAUAUUUGCUGUAUGGACCUCCAGGGUCUGGAAAAUCUAGCCUCAUUGCUGCUAUGGCGAACUUUCUGUGCUACGACGUGUAUGAUCUCGAGUUAAGCAAAGUCUCUGACAACUCUGAGCUCAGAGCUUUACUCAUACAAACAACGAAUCGAUCCAUUAUUGUUAUUGAGGACAUUGAUUGUUCUAUUAACUUAACGGGGGAUAGGAUGGCGAAAAUGAGGAGCAAUCAUAAAAAGAAUCGUAAUGUGAUGAUGAGCGAUAACGCUGAAGAUAACGGACGUGUGACGUUAUCUGGCUUGUUAAACUUCACCGAUGGGCUAUGGUCGUGUUGUGGAGAAGAAAAGGUUAUUGUUUUCACUACGAACCACAAAGACAAUGUAGACCCGGCGUUGGUUAGAUGUGGGAGGAUGGACAUGCAUGUUAGCCUUGGCACGUGUGGGAUGCAUGCCUUCAAAGUCUUGGUGAAGAAUUACCUAGGUUUAGACUCGCACGUGCUAUUCGACGUCGUGGAGAGCUGCAUAAGGUCAGGUGGGACCCUCACGCCAGCUCAUAUAGGAGAGAUCUUGUUGAGGAACAGGAGGGAUGCUGAUGUGGCGGUGAAGUCCGUGUUGACCGCCAUGCAAGCAAAGAUAUUAGGUGCUGACGUGGAUGCUACGGAGGGCGGACACGAGAACGAUGACAUGGCAAGGACGCCGGAGAGCAUAGGUCGGAGGAUGAUGGAGUCGCCGGAUCAUUGGCCGGAAGGUUCACCGGAGAAAAAGAAGAAGAAAGAAGGGUCAACUAGGGAUAAAAAUGUCAAAUUCUUAGUAAGACUUAGAUCGUUGACCAAGUCAGACUCAGGAAGAAGAGGUGUGUAAAUGUAAUAAAUGGAUGAUUAUCUAACAUUUUAAGUUAGGUUAAUGAGAAAUGUUAAUCUAGUUUACGUACGAGUGUUUUGAAAUGGAAGUUUUGGCUGGAUUUGAGUACCCCAUUUUAUUAAAAGAUAUGUGGUGUUCACUUUAGGGAACAUUUAGAUAUUAUAUAUUUCAAUAUUAGUCAAA